AUGGAGCAACGAGAAAACAUAUAUAGAUCCUACUUUUUUUACAUUGGAGCUUUUGCUCCUAUCAGUCACCUCACUCCUACUCACCUCUAUGGACGAACAAGCCUCCUAAGUGGAAGAAGGAUUUCCAAGAGACGAGAUUUAUUAGAGAGUAACAAUAUCCCGACUACCGUUCACAGCAGCAGAUACUGUAUCGCCUAUAAUAUCACGAAAGCCAGUCGAAGUUUCCGCGAGGACAACCUUGAACCUAUCACUUUAGCUAUUCACAGUACAUCGUUGUACCUUCAUCUAUUAGAUGAGCAGAUCCAAUCUUGGGAUGGCCCCGUAUCGUUAGCUUUCUUUAUCGACCGAGGCUCUGCUUCUGCUGUACAAUAUCUUCUCGAUCUAUACAGAUGUCGCGAUGAGUACAGAGCUAAGCUCUCUCUUCACGUUGUCUACAAACUAUCAGCUUUUCAAGAACGCUGCUAUCCACUUCCGCUGAUGUCGCAGUCGAUGCCUUGUAAAAAUCUUACGAAACGAUACAGAAAGAGAUUUCUGGAAAAUUUGCUGCCACCUUUUGGCAUUUAUCCAAUAAAUGUUAUGCGAAAUGUAGCGCGGCGUGGGGCUCCGUCGCUUAUUCAUCUCAUUAGCGAUAUUGAAAUGGUUUUCAGCUUGAAUUUCGCUGAGAACGCCAAAAAAAUAGCCAAUGAGCAUAUCAAGGAAGGUGCGAAGAAAUUGAUAGUGAUAAGGAGGUUCGAGAUCAAGGAAAAUGCAACAGUACCUCGUAAUCACACUAGUCUCAAGGAGCUAAUUGAUGAUAAGAUAGCGUUUGAGUACCAUCACAAGCUCUUCCCCCUAGGCCAUACUAUCGAAGCAUUGUGGGAAUGGUUUAGGAGGUCCAAAUCGCAACCGGAACCGUACGUUUGGGAGAUUCCGUACAAAAAUCCUGCAUGGGAGCCGCAAUUUAUCAUGCAUGCUACGGAUCCGAUGAGUGAAGAAGGAAUGCCAACUCGUCACAGAGAUCAGCAGGCAUUGGCUUAUGAGCUGUGCCGCGCUAAUUACACUUUUUUGCUGGCUUCGCAAUUGUUCAACGUCCAUCGUGGUAUCAAGACUGUCACAACCAGCAUGGAUUCAGCUGUUGUACAACAUCAGACAAGGUUGAGGUAUAGGGCUUUCAAGAAAUUUGUACAUCGAAUCGACCGGAUGUAUCCGAAGACCAUAAGACGUUGUAAAAGAUUUGUGAUGUAAAUGUUGACUUCCUUCAAACAGCUACGAACUAAACGUAUCCCGCUGUUUCUUUCCGUCUGACGGGUAAGCAGACAUCAGCAAGUUCUUUAUCAUUUCUAGUUCUAAUAGGAAUUCUUUGUCUUUGCGAACCGUUCAAGAUAAGCCUAAACUCAUCUGUUGAUUUUCAAAGGCUGCUAAUCCUCUCGAAAGCUUUCAUGUUGAUUAGCAUUUGUGAUGUUUGAGCCUGUGUAAACAACCAAUAAAC